GCGCGUUCUUCGAAAGCUCGUGAGCCUAGCAGCUCCAUCCUCUGCUUCUUUUGCUCGCUAUUAUAUAUACAAGAAAAUGCCCCAUAAGGAACGCUAAUCUCUUCCGUCUCGACUCUCAACCUCCACCUUUCUCUUCCUCGUCCGACCGUUCUCUGCAACACUUUGCCGACCAACUGAUGGAUACCUAAGCGUGAAGCUUCUUAGUUUGAAUCUGUAAGCGGUUAUGGAUCCAACCUUUGAUGGGUUGCCGGAUUUCACAAAUGGUUUCUUGUUCAAGGACCAAACCAUCUCACCCAAUUCAAAUCUAGUCCCUGAGUACAAAUUCAAUGUAUCCUCCCCAGACCUUGACUUCCUCGACAACCCAUUUCUGCCACCUGAUCUGGGCACCGCUGAUUUCGAUGUGCCAGUCGCUGCGAACGUUGCAGCUGCUAAUCAGAGCUUGAGCCCGCCGUCUACGGGUACGAGUCUCGGAGGAGACUCGUCCUCGGACGACAGCGAGUUCUCGGAGACGGUUCUCAAGUACAUAAGCCAUAUACUCAUGGAAGAGAACAUAGAGGAAAAACCCUGCCUGUUUUAUGACCCUUUGGGUCUCCAAGUCACCGAGCAAUCGUUCUAUGAUGCUCUCCGUCAGAAAUACCCUCCUUCCCCUAAUCAAUACCACCCACCACCUUAUCAUAUCAAUCACAACGUUGAUAGCCCUGAUGAUGUUCUUUCUGGAAGUAGUGGUGGCGGUGAUUAUGGUACAAGCAGUAGUUCUAGCACUAGCACUAGCACAAGCUAUGAUCCUCAGAUUUUGGCUCAAAACAUUUUUAAUGAUAGUGAAUCUGUGUUGCAAUUUAGAAGGGGGUUAGAAGAAGCUAGUAAAUUUCUUCCUAGGGGUAAUCAGUUGGGUAUUGAUUUGGAGAGUAGCAGAGAAAGCAAGGAGGAGAAGGGCGAGAGGGAGAAUUUACAGGGGCAGGGGUCGAGGGGAAGGAAGAAUCAUGGGAGGGAAGAUAUAGAUUUGGAAGAAGGGAGGAAUAGUAAGCAGUCUGCGGUUUAUGUGGAUGAGAAUGAACUGUCUGAGAUGUUGGAUGAUGCGCUUUCUGCGCUGUGUGUUAACUAUAAAUCCUUGCAGAAUAAAGCAAACAAGGCCUCUCAGUCUCCGCCAAAUCUUGAUUUGCCGAAGAAGGGUCUGGCUAAGAAACAGGGCAAGAAGAAGGAUAAGGAUGCGGUUGAUUUGCCGACCCUUUUGAUUCAAUGUGCACAAGCUGUCGCAGUUGGCGACAGUAGAAUUUCUAAUGAAUUACUGAAGCAGAUUAGGCAGCAUUCUUCUCCUUUUGGUGAUGGGUCUCAGAGAUUGGCUCAUUUCUUUGCUAAUGGGCUUGAAGCACGCUUGGCUGGCACUGGCACAGGAACUCAAAUGUUUUAUGCAUGCUUAGCUUCCAAGAGGGUCUCCGCUUCUGAAAUAUUGAAAGCUUACAAAGUUCAUCUUUCAGCCUGCCUUUUCAAGAGGAUCAUGCUAAUGUUUGCUGUCAAAAUGAUCUGUAAAGUAGCAGAGAAGGCAACAAGUCUUCAUAUUAUAGACUUCGGUAUUGGAUAUGGUUUCCAGUGGCCAAUUCUGAUCCAGAAACUCGCAGAAAGAGCAGGAGGACCUCCCAAGCUACGUAUUACAGGGAUAGAGCGUCCCCAACCCGGAUUCCGGCCGACUGAGGAAAUUGACGAGACGGGGCGCCGCUUGGCAAUGUAUUGCGAGCGGUAUAAUGUUCCUUUUGAGUACCAUGCCAUAGUGUCAAACAAUUGGGAAACCAUCAGAAUUGAGGAGUUAAAGAUUGAUAGAAAUGAGAUGCUUGCUGUGAACUCUUUGAUUUGCUUUAAGAAUCUACUUGAUGAGACCGUUGAAGAGACCAGUCCACGGAAUGCGGUUUUAAGGUUGAUCAGGAGUAUCAAUCCCGACAUAUUUGUCCAUUCUAUUGUUAAUGGAUCCUACAAUGCUCCCUUCUUUGUCACGCGGUUCAAAGAGGCACUUUUCCAUUUCUCUGCAUUGUAUGACACAUUUGAUGUCACCAUAUCCCGUGAAAACCCAGAGAGAUUGAUGUUCGAGAGAGAGUUCUACGGGAGGGAAGCUAUGAAUGUUAUAGCAUGUGAAGGGUUAGAGAGGGUUGAGAGGCCGGAGACGUACAAGCAGUGGCAGGUCCGGACAAUGAGGGCCGGUUUCCGGCAACUUCCCUUGGACCGAGAGCUCGUUAACCUAUUCAGGUCUAAGUUGAAGGAAACUUACCACAAGGAUUUUGUGGUGGAUGAAGACAACCAGUGGUUGCUUCAGGGGUGGAAGGGCAGGAUUGUCUAUGCCUCCUCUUGUUGGGUGCCGGCUUAGGAUUAUUCUUGUACACCGUGUUGUAGACAAGCCGGCGGGCGAGGAUAGUUUAGGAACUUUACAAAAAUCGUUGUUUUUUUUUUUUUUUUCUCGUUGUUUGGUACAUGCACGUGUACUAAACAUGUCUGUAUAAUUAUAAUAAUUAUGUUCUUGAAGUUUCUAUAGAUGUUUUUAUAAUAUAUGGUUGAAAUUACGAGCU